AUGGCUGUGACAUCGCUGAGCGGUGCUUUCAGACACAGUAGGUGCUGCAGGCACAAAAUCUGGCAACUUUUUCUUGGACCUCUCACUGAUUCUGUGUCAAAAUCAUACAGCAGCUACAGGAGGCCAGGGUCGCUCCCCGAAAAAAAACCAUCUUGGCGAAAGAUUGAUUUCAGUUUUAAGAAGGGAAUAGAUACCUUAAAGACUCAACUAAAAUUGCUGAUGCAGGAGACAAAAGAUCACUUAGUAGGACCUGAAGGCCGUCAGUUCACUGAGUACAUUUUAGAACAGACAAAGGUGGUGUGGGUCUUUCGGACCCAAGAGGAUUUAAAGAAGUGGGUAAUUUCCUCUGAUGUAGAGAUUGGAGGAAAAAGUGAAGUCUACCUAACACUGAGUAGGAAUAACCAGACUGCCCUGCUAUAUGGGACCCUCAAUACUGAAGUACCUCGUGAUGGGGAGACACAAUACAGUGGAUACUGCAGUAUGAGAUCCAGACCGCUAGUGGGAUCUUUUGCUAAGAAGAAAUAUUUGGACUGGUCAAACUUCAAUUGUCUGUAUUUACGUGUCCGUGGUGAUGGCAGACCUUGGAUGAUAAACAUUUACACGGAUCCCUACUUCUCCCAUCACAAAGAUGAUUUGUAUAACUACUUCAUGUUCACCAGGGGAGGGCCAUACUGGGAGGAUAUAAAGAUUCCAUUCUCCAAGUUCUUUCUCUCCAGUCGAGGAAGAAUCCAGGAUAACCAGCAACCUCUCUGGUUAGACAAGAUCAGCACCCUUGGAUUCACCCUGGGAGACAAAGUAAAUGGUCCGUUCCAGCUGGAGAUUGAUUUUAUUGGCCUCAUCAACGACAGAGCUCAUACAGAAGAAUUUGCAUACGAGAAAUAUUAUUUGAAUCCUUGAACCUGAGAUGGUCUUGGUGACCUUUGGAAUACACUUCA